UUAUGUCAGCUCUCUUAUAUAUAUUUCCCCAUCCGUUCGAAUUAAAAUAAUUACAUCGAAUUCUAUCAUCUUUGGCUUUUCCACCGAUCCUCCUUGUUCCCUUCCUCUUACAUAUUCUGUUCCUUACUCUAAUUGCAACUACAAUUCAAUCAUAUCCAUAGCUGCAAGCAGAAGUAAUGGAGUUCCCGGAUAUUCCGACAGGGAAAUCACCGAGACGAGAACUGCAAGGCCCUCGUCCCGCUCCCCUAAGGAUACACAAAGAUUCCCACAAGAUCAAGAAACCACCGCUGGCGCCGCAACCCCCGCAACCGCAACCUCCUCCGCGCCAGCCUGUCAUCAUCUACACUGUCUCUCCCAAGGUGAUCCACACCACGCCGGGCGAUUUCAUGAGCCUCGUUCAACGCCUCACUGGCUCCUCUUCUUCUUCGGCUUCUUCCUCCAACAUGGCGCCCAACGAUCCUUUCAACCGUAAUAAUGGCGAUAUGGUAUCACCGGCAGCGCGAUUCGCCGCCAUGGAGAAAGCUAGGUCUCCCCAACCGAAGAAAGUACUGGCACAGCAUCAGAGUGUGGAAGCUGGCGGCCACGGCGAAGGGAUCGCGGAGGUGGGCGAUGCGAUUGAGCGGCCCAAUAGUACGUUUCCUGGGAUUUUGUCGCCCGGACCUGCUGCACUGUCUCCGAUUCCCGCUAGCUUCUUCUCGCCGCCUUCGACGGCGGAUCCAGCCGUGGGCAGCUUCCUUCAUGAUUUGAGCCCAGCCCUCCAUCGGAGUUUUAUGGAGGGUAGUUUCGUGCCUAGCCCUUCAUACUUCGUUUCACCACAUACUCCUUCCAUCGACUUAUUCAACAAUUUCUUUGAUUCAUAGAUUUCAUCGUCAGGUUUAGAAAGUAUUGUUUCAUGAUUAAAGAAGGACCAAUUAAAAUAAAGAAAGUUGUUAUUCUUUAGGUGGGUAGCUUGUUGGAAAUUCCUUAUUGUAUUUAUUCUUUCAAUUUUAUCAACUUUGCUUCCAUUUAAUUGGCGGGCCAUCUGUUUACGCUAAAUAUCUCAUUGUAUCCAUUUUACUAGUGUUGACCAUCCGAUGCAUUUAC